UUUGCAGACAUGCCCCUGAGGGCUUCAGAUAUGGUUUUAAAAAGGCAUGUUGCAGAAGCUGUACGGCCAUAGCACACCUCUUCCUGAGCAGCUAGGUGUCCACAAUGCUGAACAGGAAAUUGUCAGUGCUCCUAGCGUACUGCCUUGUGCUGGGCUCCUUGCAAACAGCUACUUGCACUGCUGAGGGACAGUUCGACGCCAUCUACCGAGCAGACGAGAAGGACGGGCUCCCCGCUCGAAUUCUGGCGGCUGUGGACGGGGAAAGGGACAAUGCGAGGAGGCUGGCAGACGACCACACAAUGAGCUCACUGAUCAACUCUAUCAUGCAUGUGCCCGGAAAGUUUGGCAGAAGUCCUUCCUUCGCCUUCCAGCCGCAGAGAUUUGGCCGCGAUGCCCAAGCAUCCUCAGACUACAGCACUGAAGGUCGGAUACGUUCCAGAGGUUGGGAUGUCAUCCCGCCUCAGUUCUGGAGCAUGGCAGUUCCACAACGUUUUGGAAAGAAGAAAUAACAGCUCUGAAAUGAAGCUGACGGCAGUGUUCCAUAAAAAGUAUCCCCAUUCUCAAUCAUGACCAUUGUUUAAGACCUGCCAACAGAACAAGGCUUUUUGUUACAUUGGCUUGAAAGAGCUACCCCUUUAAUUCAAGAACAAAAUAUUUUAGUCCAUCAACAAACUCAAAACAGUUUUCUUAAAUGAAUUCAUUCAUUUGUAAAACUUACUUUACGAAUAAUUAAAGCAAAUAUUUAACCAAUAU